GCCGUGCGCAGAAGAUGGCCGCAGCGCUGCGGGCGAUGCGGGGCUUGGUGAACGGCUCCGGGCCCGGGGGGCCCCGGGAGCAGGCUGGGGCUCGGGAGCAGGCGGCGGCGCUGAGCCGGGACUUCCUCUCGCAGCCGCGGCUCACUUACAAAACUGUCUCGGGUGUGAAUGGUCCCCUGGUUAUCUUGGAUCAAGUUAAGUUUCCUAGGUACGCUGAGAUUGUCCACUUGACUCUUCCUGAUGGCACAAGAAGGAGUGGGCAGGUUCUGGAGAUCAGUGGCUCCAAAGCUGUGGUUCAGGUAUUUGAAGGGACUUCAGGUAUAGAUGCCAAGAAAACAUCUUGUGAAUUUACUGGGGAUAUUCUUCGCACCCCUGUGUCUGAGGAUAUGCUUGGCAGAGUAUUUAAUGGCUCAGGAAAACCUAUAGACAGAGGCCCCAUUGUUCUGGCUGAAGAUUUCCUGGACAUAAUGGGUCAGCCAAUCAAUCCCCAGUGUCGUAUCUAUCCAGAGGAAAUGAUUCAGACUGGCAUUUCUGCUAUAGAUGGUAUGAACAGUAUUGCUAGGGGACAGAAAAUCCCCAUAUUCUCAGCUGCUGGCUUGCCCCACAAUGAGAUUGCAGCUCAGAUAUGUCGCCAGGCUGGCUUGGUGAAGAAAUCCAAAGAUGUAAUGGACUACAGUGAGGAGAACUUUGCCAUCGUGUUUGCUGCUAUGGGUGUGAACAUGGAAACUGCUCGGUUCUUCAAGUCAGACUUUGAGGAAAACGGGUCCAUGGACAAUGUAUGUCUCUUCCUGAAUUUGGCCAAUGAUCCAACCAUCGAGCGCAUCAUCACACCUCGUCUGGCUCUAACAACAGCAGAGUUCUUGGCAUAUCAGUGUGAGAAGCACGUGCUGGUCAUUCUGACAGAUAUGAGCUCCUAUGCUGAAGCUCUGCGAGAGGUAUCAGCAGCUAGAGAGGAGGUCCCUGGCCGGCGUGGCUUCCCAGGCUACAUGUACACUGACUUGUCUACCAUCUAUGAGCGUGCUGGGCGUGUGGAAGGCAGGAAUGGUUCCAUUACUCAGAUCCCUAUUCUUACCAUGCCUAAUGAUGAUAUUACUCAUCCUAUCCCUGACUUGACUGGAUACAUCACUGAGGGCCAGAUCUAUGUGGACAGGCAGCUGCAUAACAGGCAGGUUUACCCACCUAUUAAUGUCUUGCCCUCCUUGUCUCGACUGAUGAAGUCAGCUAUUGGAGAGGGUAUGACCAGGAAGGAUCAUGCAGAUGUAUCCAACCAACUGUAUGCCUGCUACGCUAUUGGGAAGGAUGUGCAGGCCAUGAAGGCUGUGGUUGGUGAGGAAGCUCUUACCUCGGAUGAUCUCCUUUACCUGGAGUUCCUGCAGAAGUUUGAGAAGAACUUCAUUGCUCAGGGUCCUUAUGAGAAUCGCACCGUUUACGAGACCUUGGACAUCGGGUGGCAGCUUCUGCGGAUCUUCCCUAAGGAGAUGCUGAAGAGGAUUCCUCAGGCAACCCUGGCUGAAUUCUACCCUCGAGAUUCCACUGCAAAGCACUAACCACAUCUUCAUCUCUUAACCCCUUGCUCUGUGAAAUGCUGUUUGUUUUCCUUUUUCAUGUGUUGGUGUUUACUUGUCGCCCUUACAAUGAAAACCAAGGAUAGGUGACGUUUGUGCCAGUGUUCCAGUGCACACUGAUACCAGGUCUUAAAGCAGCCCUUCUUCCAAAGCCUGGAUUGUCAGAUUAUUUAGGCCAGCUCUUACAGAUGUGCAAUAGUCAAAGCUUUGUGACUGCACCUUUUGUAGGCAUUUCAAGAGGAUGUCUGAGGAUUGCAGAUCUUUACUUCCAAACCACACAUGGUUUAGAGUAAGAGCCAGUGCUGAGUUCCUUUGUCCAAAGCAUCUGCUCAGGCUGAUCACAGACAGUUGUGGUGCUGCUGGUGGAACAGAUGGAGCUCUGCUCUCUUGCCUGAAGCCCAGGCUAAGAGGUGCAAAGUGUGGUGCAUGACAACAUACCCUGCUGCAAAAUGUAAGUCACUGGUGUUUAACUAUGGCUUAAGGCUCUUCAAGGUAUGCACAAACUGAAGCCACAAGGAUGCUGGGUGCUUUUAUUCCACUUGCAAAGGGUCUUUUCAGAGCUCACAGGCCAGUGGGUUGUUCCCUUCAGGUAACAUGACAAGGCUUAACUACUGCAUUAGUGUGUUUGGAACUGGUGUGGUUUGCACUCCAGGCACAGAUCUGGCUAGCCAGGAGAGCUCAGCAUUCCAAACACUGCAGCCUUGGCUAGCCAGUGCAGUGCUGUUCCUUCCCUUUGGUUCCCAUGAGGCUCCAAGCCCAGUGCUAGCAGGCUUCCCUGCUUUUUUCCAGGCUCAAUGCAGCCUAAGCUCUGGUCUGGCUCACUAAAGCACAUUGCACCUCUUAUACUUGUCUAGGACGGUGCUAACAUGACCUGAAGGAUGUGUAAGUAAUUCCAGCUUUCCCUGGUGUCUCCUUUGUGCAGUUCUUUUGAGUUGUUCAGUGUUCUCUGUAACUUGGACUCAAUGGCAAUUUUACUCCAGUGCAUUCCACCCUAAAGCUGUUUCAAGUCUAUUUUUCUUGAGGUCGGGAUGGGAGCGUUGGCAUGAGAAUAAUGUAGAGAAUACCUAAAUAAAUUAAAUAUGGAAAGUGUUGAACAAUG